CCCAGCGCGCACCACUCUGGGGCUCCCGAGGCGGCCUCUCGUGCGAUCAAGGGCGCGCAGGGCAGGGAGAGCGACCCGGGGCCCCUGCUCUCCGCGGUCGGAGUUCGGAGGAGGGUGGGUCGCCGCCGCCCGAGGGCCGGAGCGCGAGAGGAGCGGGAAGAGGGAGCGCUCGCCCGCCCGCCGCCGCCUCGCCGCCUCCCCGGCGCUCGCUCUCCCGGCUCCUAGGUUUGCUGGCUGCUCCUCCCACCCGCGCCCGCCUCCUCGCUCGCUCGCUCGCUCGCUCGUUCGAGCGGGUUUCCGAGCCCUGCGGUGCGCCAGGGUGAGUGCGGGGCGAGGGGCCCCGGGGCCAGCGCAGAGCCGGGGGCGGCGGUCCCGGCAGAGAGCAGCCGGCCGGGGAGGGGCCAUGUCCGGCGCGGGCGCCGCGGGGCCCGUCUGCAGCAAGUGACCGAGCGGCGGGGACGGCUGCCUGCCCCCCUCCGCCACCUGGGGCCGGGUGCCCGGAGCCCGGGUCGCGCGUAGAGCCGGCGCGAUGCACGUGCGCUCGCUGCGCGCCGCGGCGCCCCACAGCUUCGUGGCGCUCUGGGCGCCCCUGUUCCUGCUGCGCUCCGCCCUGGCCGACUUCAGCCUGGACAACGAGGUGCACUCGAGCUUCAUCCACCGGCGCCUCCGCAGCCAGGAGCGACGGGAGAUGCAGCGCGAGAUCCUCUCCAUCUUGGGCUUGCCCCAUCGCCCGCGCCCCCACCUCCAGGGCAAGCACAACUCGGCGCCCAUGUUCAUGCUGGACCUGUACAAUGCCAUGGCGGUGGAGGAGGGUGGCGGGCCCGACGGCCAGGGCUUCUCCUACCCCUACAAGGCGGUCUUCAGCACCCAGGGCCCCCCUCUGGCCAGCCUGCAAGAUAGCCACUUCCUCACCGACGCCGACAUGGUCAUGAGCUUCGUCAACCUCGUGGAACACGACAAAGAGUUUUUCCACCCGCGCUACCACCAUCGGGAGUUCCGGUUUGAUCUUUCCAAGAUCCCAGAAGGGGAAGCGGUGACUGCAGCCGAAUUCCGGAUCUACAAGGACUACAUCCGGGAACGCUUCGACAAUGAGACGUUCCGGAUCAGCGUUUACCAGGUGCUGCAGGAGCACUUGGGCAGGGAGUCGGACCUGUUCCUGCUUGACAGCCGUACUCUCUGGGCCUCGGAGGAGGGCUGGCUGGUGUUUGACAUCACGGCCACCAGCAACCACUGGGUGGUCAACCCACGGCACAACCUGGGCCUGCAGCUCUCCGUGGAGACCUUGGAUGGGCAGAGCAUCAACCCCAAGUUGGCGGGCCUGAUCGGGCGGCACGGGCCCCAGAACAAGCAGCCGUUCAUGGUGGCCUUCUUCAAGGCCACCGAGGUCCACCUCCGCAGCACGCGCUCCACAGGCAGUAAGCAGCGCAGCCAGAACCGCUCCAAGACGCCCAAGAACCAGGAAGCCCUGCGGGUGGCCAACGUGGCAGAUGGUUCUGGAACCAACAGAGCAGGAAGCAAAACCCACAAAACCCCUUCCUGCUCAGAGCUCACCCUCUGCGUGGACUGGAUCAUUGCACCCGAGGGCUAUGCCGCCUACUACUGUGAGGGGGAGUGCGCCUUCCCUCUGAACUCCUACAUGAACGCCACCAACCACGCCAUCGUGCAGACACUGGUCCACUUCAUCAACCCGGAAACAGUGCCCAAGCCCUGCUGUGCCCCGACUCAGCUCAAUGCCAUCUCUGUCCUGUACUUCGAUGACAGCUCCAACGUCAUCCUGAAGAAAUACAGAAACAUGGUCGUCCGGGCCUGUGGCUGCCACUAGCCCCUCCUGGAAGUCAGACCCUGUGGGACCCCAUGUUUCUGGACGCCUCUCACCGCCCAGCGUCUCCCACUGCUCGCCAUGGCAAGGAGCCAGCAGACCGCCGCCUUCGGCGAGGCCUUCCUGUCCCCCUCCCCAACUUCCACGGUGUAGGAGCAUUAAGGAAUUUGAGAGGCAAAUGGCUUUUGAUCAGUCUUUUGUUGUCAUCCUAGGGACAAGAUCCUACAAGCUGCUGCAGGCAAAACCUAACAGGAAGAAAAAUAGAUCAAGAAAAGCUGCCGGCCACGAUCAUUGGCUGUGAAGUCUCGGCCGUGUACCGACCUGUUCCCAGGGGUAAUUAGGGGCGCCCUUCGGCCAGGCCACCCAGCAGCGGGGGGGAAAGGGUGCAGAGAGGGCUGGGCAUGUUUGUGUCUGUGCUAAAGGAAAACCGACGCGGAAGUUCCUGUAAUAAAUGUCACAAUAAAACGAAUGAAUGAAAAUGGUUAGGAUGUUACAGAUAUAUUUUCCUAAACAAUUUAUCCCCAUUUCUGGGUUUACUCUGAUUUUGUAAACAGAAGCUGUGGCCGGUGGAGGGAGGGGAAGCCUCCUCUCAUUCCAUUCCGGUUUCGUUCUGAGGCCUGCAGAGGCCCGGGGUUUACGCAGACUUACCCACAUCCGAGAUUGGGCUGUGAGGGAAAGGGCACGUUUCUGCUCUGAGGAGGGGGCGUGUUGACCUUGAAGAAAAAAAAAAUGUGCUUCGUCAUUCAGCUGGGUGUGUGAUGGCAGAAAUGAAAAGAGGCGUGUGAAGGAAAGCGGGCAGAUGUUUGCAAGUGGCUCUCCAGCUGUCCUCCGUGCUAGGACGUCAGUGUGAAGGUCAGAGUAGAGGAGGACAGCGUUCAGGACAGAACUUGCAACUGUACCUUGAACUCUGGCCAACGCGGCCCUAUUUAAAGAAGCACCAAGGAAACCUAGCUCUCAAUAAAGGUGGGCAGGGGGACCAGCUCUCCCCCAAGUGGUCUCGUCCGUUGUUCACAGAUAGCAGAGUUCUGAAGUCUGGGUUCCAGCUGGGCCUCUGUGGCCACCUCUUUUCAUUUGCAGACCCCCAUUGAGGGCUCUGCAAACAUUCCGCUCCUUGAAGCUUGAUGGGAGGUCCACUGGGAGUAGGGUAUGCUGGACGUGAACCUCAAAUGGAAGGAUCUAGAAGCCUUUUUGAGAGUGACAUCCUAAUCAACUGUCCUGACUCAAAGGUGCCAUUUCUGAUGUGGCUCUUGGCUAGAGCCUUCCUUGCCUUGACCAGUGGGUCCCCUAAAUGACGUGCACCCAACCUGCAGCUGUGGCACAGGCCUUGGGGUGUACGGGGCUGUCUGUGAACAGAGAUCAGGGUUACCCACGAGGCCUGUGGCGCCUGGAGUCCGCUCUAGUGGGGAGCUGUUUCUCCAUCGUGACCAAGUUGGUUCCUGGGAAAUUUGGGACUCUGUUUUUACUUUCUUUUGUUUUUUUCUUCUCCAGCAGCUUGGGCAGCAGCCUUCACUCUGCCUGGUCAACAGGGAUGAGUUGCUGUUUUUGUGAUAUUUUGUUUUGUCUUGGCAGGUCUGGGGGUUUUUGUAUGAUUCCCUCUUGGUACAAGCUUUCUCACCACUUAUGCCCUACACGGCCUCUGGUUAGCAUCGUUUGUACAUUGAAACAUGUAAAUAGUUGUUACAAAACAAAGAAAUUAUUUAUGUCCACCCGAAGCUCUUUUUAGACCCUCCUCCAAUCCCUCGUUCCGGACCGUGAGCGCGCUUCCCUCCGACCUGCUCGUGUUGUAAUUUAAGACUAUUUAUUAAUGGCCGGACCAAUGUACCUUCGGCUGUUGCAUAGAGCAGUCCUCCGCGAAAAUUCUGUAUAAAUAGACAAAAUGAAAAGGAUUUUGACUUUGCAAUAAAAGGAGACAUUUGGUUCUGGU